AGAACGUAGUGGGGAGUAAGGCUGAUUUCCGUUGAGGGGCGCGUUUAUCGUAUAGCGCAGCCGAAGCGACAGGCGGGAGAGGCGAAAGGCGGCGCAGGAGAAGUGGAAAGCCGGGAAGAGAGAGCCGACGAAGGGAAGAAUCGGGGUCCACAACAAAAUCGCUUAAUCGCUUUGCGCCACCGUCCGCAACGGAACACAACGGAACACGGGCUGUCCGCCGCCAUCACGGUGCCCCCUAGUGUGCAUUUAUGUCUUUCUCUUUCUCCUUCUCCUUCCCCUUGUCCGUCUCUCUCCGUGAUUCGCUACGCCACUUCGUGCCGCGACGUUUUCACGGGCAAACCGAGAGAGUGACAGCUGCCAGUCGUCAGCGCGGUACGUGCUUUACGCGGCGACUGACAAUCAUUCGUGUGUCAUCGCGUGUAUACGCGUUUUGUGAGAAUUCCUCGUAAAAUAUCGUCUCGUGCGUGGUCGUGUGCAUACAUCGAGUGUCAUAACUACAGCAAAAGUGAGUGUCUCCCGCGAACCUUGGCACAGAGUUGCCAAGAAUCGGCUCAACUUUUUCUCCAGUGGUGAUUUUGUUCGUGCGUCCGGUUGUCAUGGUAAGCGGAGGCAUGGCCGGGCAGCACUACUGCCUGCGCUGGAACAACUACCAGUCCAACAUGACGUCCGUUUUUCAUCAACUCCUACAGACGGAAGCUUUCGUGGACGUCACCCUGGCAUGCAACGAAGCUUCCUUGAAGGCGCACAAGGUGGUAUUGUCGGCGUGCAGUUCCUACUUUCAGAAGCUUCUGCUUUCGAAUCCUUGCAAGCACCCGACGAUCAUUAUGCCACAGGACGUUUGUUUCAACGACCUGAAAUUCAUCAUAGAGUUCGUCUACAGGGGUGAGAUCGACGUCUCUCAAGCAGAGCUUCAGUCGCUGUUGAAAACGGCCGAUCAGCUGAAGAUCAAGGGCCUCUGCGAGGUGCCGGAAAGCAGAGACGGUCCACCGUCGGUCAGCCUGAGCUCGCCACCAAGAGAACCCGGCACGCCUAGGAUAAAUUUCACCAAGCUAAAAAGGCAUCAUCCGAAAUACAAGAGAGCCAGAACCACGUUCGAACCUCGCGCGACGGACUCCAGACACUACGACAGAUACAAAGAGGAGGAAUCGAACGAGAAUUACAAUCGGGAGGACAAAGAGAACCACAGAGACUGGCCGGCCGAAGAUGAAGAUUGCACGGAGGGAACGACAGCAGCAAUAGUAUUGGAAACUUGCCAGCGGAACAGCAACGGUAACAACAACAACAACAACAACAACAAUAAUAACAACAACAACAACAACGGUGACGGGGUGAAUAACAAUAACAACGGUGACAUGUUUUGUCAUACAGGACUCGGCCAUUACGGUCAUCAUCCGGAUCCUGGGGAGGUUGAUCUGCCCCCAGAGACCCAACCGACUCCACCUAGCGCCACGUUAGUCGGCACUACGAUCACCCAUCUGAGGGAUCCGGAUCAUCAUACAGGUUUGCUUGCAGAGAUUCAAACCUGUGACAGUGUGAAGAUUAAGUUCGAAACGUUGCACACGAUGGAUUCGUCGGAUACCAUUGACAUCGACAGCCACAUGUCCGAUCGAGCGAGCGUCAGCUCGAAGAACGCAGCCGACAGCGACAACAUGAUGAUGAUCACGCCCGAGCUGCUCGGAUUAAUGCCCUCUGGAAGUUCCGUUCACUCCGAUUCCGGCGAAAAUAACUCAAGGGGUCAUUCCGGACAAUCCAGUUCCCAUCACCACGGCUCCAAGUCGUGGACCCAAGAAGACAUGGACGCCGCGUUGGAAGCUUUGAGAAAUCACGACAUGAGUCUCACGAAAGCCUCCGCUACGUUUGGUAUACCCUCGACGACGCUCUGGCAAAGAGCGCAUCGAUUAGGCAUAGACACACCAAAAAAAGACGGACCAACAAAGUCAUGGAGCGACGAGAGUUUGAAUAACGCGCUCGAGGCGUUGAGAACUGGAACGAUCUCGGCGAACAAGGCUUCCAAAGCGUUCGGGAUACCUUCCAGUACGUUGUACAAAAUCGCGAGGAGGGAAGGCAUUAGAUUGGCCGCGCCUUUCAACGCCAGUCCUACCACUUGGUCACCGGCUGAUUUAGAUCGCGCUUUGGAAGCGAUAAGGUCCGGUCAGACAUCCGUGCAGAGGGCGUCGACGGAAUUCGGUAUACCUACGGGAACGCUCUACGGUAGAUGUAAGAGGGAAGGAAUCGAACUGAGCAGAAGUAAUCCUACACCGUGGAGCGAGGACGCCAUGACUGAAGCCCUCGAAGCCGUCAGAUUAGGGCAUAUGAGCAUCAAUCAAGCAGCUAUUCACUAUAAUUUACCCUACUCUUCGUUGUACGGACGUUUUAAGAGGGGGAAAUACGAAGAACCUAGUAACGACCCGUUGUCGCUAGACGGAAGCAAUUCACAUUUCCACCAGAGUCCAAAUCAGAAUCAUUCGUCCGCCGUUCCGGAUCAAAUGACGUACCAAGGCAGCUGAAACUUACCCCUCUAUUAGAGAUGUAAGUUAACUUAAUUGUUGAGUUUUUCUUUUUCGUCGCGUCUCGAUCCGAUUCUUUGAACGGGUGCGAUAUACGAAAACGAGACGAAGCCACGAAAAGCCACCGACCAAACCUGUUAGAGGACAAUUAACUGAACGAUGUUUUCAGGAAUUCAUUAACGGGUGGGUAGGGAAUUGGGGUGGGGCGGGCGGGAAUGGGAGGGGGGAGGGGACUCGCAGUAUUAAAGGUGGAUUAUCGUCAGGAAACGUGUACAUUGUAUGAUUUUUAUGUUGAAUCGGAAACAUAGACUAAUGGUAAUUUAUAAGAAUUAUUUAUAAAGAACGCUCUGUACAGUCGGGAUAAUCCCGGUAAACCUACUUUAACGUGUAAGUCACCUACGGGCCGAUAAUCGAGGAUAUAAAACAUUCGACGAAUGGAUAUGUUAUCACCUUAACUCUUUGAGUGCUAAAUGCUCUUGCCAAAUUUUUUUUUUUUUCUAAUCCAUUACUUUAUUACAAACAUCAAAAUGUAAAAUAUAUCUUAACUUGGAAAUAAACGAAUGUAAAUACUUGAACCUAGUAAAUAUUAUAAAAACGUACGGGAAAUUGUGUCUAAAGUAAGUGAUCGAAAUCUUAUGACGUAUAUGCUCGUUCGUAGCACUCGAAGGGUUAACUUAUGAAAAAACCAUCGAUUCGUGACUUAAUUCGAUUUACAACCGUACUCAUUUCUUUUCUACGUCUUCUUAAGUUGAUCGUUCGCGAGACAGCGCUUUAUUUUAUUUUAUACUUGCAACUCGAUCGAAAUUGGUAUAUCCGUAUUAGGGCGUAGCGAAUGCUUUUCGUAUAUAAGUAAAGAAUUUAUACAUUUGUGAACGUUUAGGUUAGAAAAGAAAAGCAUACACGCGAGCGCGAAGCACGCACACCCCGAAGAAUUUGUAUUCCAUUAAAUUAACUACGUUUGCAAAAUUUAAAUACGUAAUGCUGAAAGUGACGUUCGGUAUCAUUGUAACGUAUGAAACGAAUAAGGUAAUAUCUAGAAUGGAUGAUCGAUGCUCUACGAUACGUCGAAAUUACAGUGUUACUAUUAUCGUUCGUUCUGUUUUCGCAUUUAACGAAAUUGGAAGAUGUGUUGUUGUAUACUUCGAAUAGAGAACACGAUGCUGCAUUUUUAUAUUUUCAGAAAUGACUGAGUAGGAUACAUUGAACGUAGAAAGAAAUCCAUUUAGGAAACGUAAACCGGCGAAACUAGAAAAAAUACGCAGAGACUCUGCAAAUUUUAUCAAUUACUUGUACACACGGAACAUUUUCUCGGUCGUCUCAACUGCCACAUGUAAAAAUAUGUUAGAUUAACUAUUAAUUUAUCAUGCUCACACAUAUUAUAUAAAAACACAUGAAUAUAUACCACUUAUAAAUAUAUGUACAGUUUAUAUAUUUUAAAUUAAAAAGUAAUGCAAUUAUGAA